UGUCCCCUUUCCCCUUUGGAAACCAUGGUUCACGGGAAUAGCAAUAAUUUUACAACCAGAUCUCUUGUGCCGCAGAUGUUCUUACUCCGUUGUGUUCUUUUUUCUUGGGGAGCGGCGUUCAAUAUCACUUCACUAAUAUCAACUUAAAGGACCUCGUUCCAGACCCAAUACACCACUUCGAAAUAACUACUAGCUAUCAACUAACGACCCGACCGGCACCGACGGCCGUCCAUGGAACUGAAUAAGUUGACGUUUCUGAUGACUCGUGUAAUUCAUAUUUAAGGAAAUAUGUGACUUUAAAUAAAAUAUACUGUUAUUUAAUGAGUUCCUGUCGUUUUAUAGAAAAGAAUUACUGGUGAAUUGCAGUGUGUCAGGUAUCAUAAUUCUUGAUAUACAAAUUAUGAACACUCGUAUUUUCUGAAGACUGAACGGUUGUGAAACACCUACUUAUUUGCACGCAUUGUCUUCGAUAUGAAAAAUGCCAAGUUCCCUUCUGUUUGCGAUUAACAAUGAGGGGCGUGUGUUUGGGCUCUCAACUAUUGGAACAAAGUGGAGAGAAUUUGUGUAUCUCGGUUUGGAAUUCAAACAUUUGUCUGCGGUUCCUCACUUUAUGUGGGCAGUUGGUGGGGACAGACAGGUAUAUGUUCAUGUCCACGGUCUUGAUAUUCCCAUCCGCAUCAAGGAAGAGGCGUACGAAAAUGAGCGCUGGCUUCCCUUGGAAGGAUUUAGUGGACGCCUUCUCCCAACUGACAGAUUUCAUUAUUCUAGUCAAGAUGGUACUCGUGAUCGCAGUCUAGAUAAGAUCCGAUUACCGUCUAUGGCAUGGCAAUGGGAAGUUGAUUGGCAUCUGGAAACAACACUUGAUGGAUUGGCAUUAGAUCACGAUGGUUGGACAUAUGCGGUGGAUUUUCCUGCUACAUUUCAUCAAAAGAAGCAGUGGAAAUCGUGUGUGAGGCGAAGGAAAUGGAUUCGGUACCGACGCUAUAGUGCUAUGAACUCAUGGUGUGCCAUAGCACCACUGCAUAAAGACCCUACUCAGGAACCAUUCAUUGGAGUAGCUGUGGGUGGCCAGAGUAUACCAGGUGGUAAUCCUAGCAAUCUUCUAGUAUGGGCAAUAACUGCCCAUGGUCGAGUGAUGUUUCGAACUGGAGUUAGCACCACUGCACCUGAAGGUUUAAGAUGGACUGCAAUACCAGUCCCAUCAGGUUGUGAAGUAAACCAGAUUAGUGUUGGUCCAACAGGUCUCGUUUGGGCUGUUCUGUGGAAUGGACGUGCAUUGGUCAGAGCAGGCGUUACCAGAGAAAGCCCUACAGGGGAGUUCUGGUUGGAAGUGGGUGCACCAGAGGAUUUGAAGUUGGCUCAUGUUUCUGUUGGGACAAAUGCAGUAUGGGCAGUUACUAGAGAUCAGCGUGUGUGGUUUCGUAAGGGUGUUCGAGGGGAGAGUGCAGGCAACAGUGAGGAGUUGGCACGAGGAUCUGGCUGGGUGGAGAUGGUUGGCAAUAUGGCUGUGGUGUCUGUAGCUGCAAAUGAUCAAGUUUUUGCUAUAGGCAGUGAAGAUAGGUGUUUAUACUUCCGAACAGGAGUACUGCCAUCAGAACUGACAGGAAAGCAGUGGCGUGCUAUACAUGCACCAACACAGCUGAGUCGUACGAGCAGCAAUGCUAGCCUCUGGUCUGCAAAUUAUAGGCAUAGUCUGUGUGGUGGGACUCCACGGGAGAAAAGAGUGCGUAGUUGGAGUUCUCUUGCAAGGAACAGCUGCUCUGGUGAUGCACAGAGCUUGAUACGAGAUUGGGAAGAAACAUCAAGAUCUGCACCAACACCAACAUCUCUUAGACUUCAGCCUUCUCUUUGGCAGAAGAGCAGUGAUGGUGCAUCUCUUACUCUGCAGAGGCCAAGCCACUCAGAAGACUCGGUCAGUGAGAGCAGUGGGGCAGGACAGCUGGAGAAGAGGAAUGAAGAGGACACACAGUCCAGUCAGAGCAGUAAUGAAAUGAUCAGUACUUCUGCUGUAAUCCAGGAGCACUCUGAAGGUGCUGUCGCAGAAAUUCAGCCAGUGUUUCUUGUAGGGAAGGGGGGUGAAGUGAAAAAGAAUCCUACAGUAUGGAGUCCCAUCCGAAGUGUGGGUUCAAUGGUGGGGAUGGAAGCUCAUCCGGAAUCUGACGGAAGUGUGUUUGAUCCUGUAUCUGGAGAUUCUGGAGUGUUUGGUGAAGAAGAGGAUGCAGAGGCCAUGUACUGGGCAGAUGGUGAUGUGGCCUGGUGUAUGGUGGAAGCCGGGGCUUGUGCUGUGGACCCAUUAUGUCUCCCCAGCUGGUUUGUUGAGGCACAUGUGGCUUCUGAAGUAGAAUUAUCUAAGCCUUGGAGGGUCAAAAUUUUGCAAGAACUGAAGAGACGGUUACCAGAAGAAGGGUCAGGCUUUGAAAAAUAUGAGAAAGCUGUUGAAAUGUCGUCAUGGGUAAAAACUGGCAAAGCCCGGUGCCAACUUAAAGAUUCAAACCAACAGUAUGAGGAUUGCACGCUUGAAUUGGAAUGGGUGGGCAGUGAGAAAGGCAGUUUGGACUCGGGGACACUCUCAAUACUAAGUCCAGAUAAGAACCAUACAAAGAUGCAGUUCAGCUUAUCAGAAAUCACAUGUGUUGUUUGCUGUAGUGAACCUUCCAAGCCUCGUAUUGCUAUUCAUACUCCUAAACUGACAAAGGGCUCAUCUCCUCUUAAACUGCAAUUCAGUGGUGACACUGACAUGGAAGACUGGAUGGCCAACCUCACUUCAGUGUGUUGCCAGAUGUUUGGUGUACAUGGACCACCAAGUCCAGGUUCGAUUUGGAUAACAACUGGUCUUGGAGAUGUAUUUGUCUUUGAUCCUGCCAUACUUGAGGCAAGCCAGUUAAGUGGUGAAAUGUAUGCUCAGGAAUUGGAUGUGGCAGGAAAAGAAACACCUUAUGAAGCUCAUCUUCAUAAUGGAUUUCCACCAGGAACGAUAUUAACGAUACAAGGUUGCGUCCAUGACAGUUGUGAUCGGUUUUCUAUCAAUUUGCAGUGUCCAUCUAUAUCCCAGCGACAUAAGAAUGAGACAGAUAUUAUAUUACAUUUUAAUCCACGCUUCCCAGAAUCAGUGACUGUUAGAAAUUCUUUGCUGAGUGGUGAAUGGGGAGCAGAGGAAAGGGAAGGUGAGAUGGUUUUCAAACAAGGAUCAGAAUUCAGCAUUAAUAUUUAUUGUGAGGAAGACGUGUUCAAGAUUUUUGUGGAUGGGAAUUUGUAUACUUACUAUACACAUCGUCAGAAACCUCACAGAAUUACUCAUGUUGGAAUAAAUGGUGAUGUAUCACUAAACAAAGUCAUCUAUCAAUCUAAAAUGGUUAUUGUACCACCAUCUGACAUGUUCUGGAGGCAGAUGGGUGGACACCUACGACGAGUUGAAGCAUGUUCUGCGGGUGUAACUUGGGGUAUUGGCUAUGAUAAUACAGCGUGGGUGUACACUGGUGGUUGGGGUGGAUCAUUUCUGAAAGGUCUAGAGACCAGCAGCUCAGGGAUCAAUCCCAUGACAGACACUCGCAGUUACUAUGUAUAUGAAAACCAGCGGUGGAAUCCCCUGACUGGUUACACAUCCCAUGGUUUGCCCACUGACAGGUACAUGUGGAGUGAUGUAACUGGCAAACACAAGCGGACCAGAGAAAAGACAAAGCUGCUAUCUAUGCAUUGGCAAUGGGUGUCAGAUUGGAGCAUUGACUACCAUACACCAGGUGGCGUGGAUAAGGAGGGUUGGCAAUAUGCCAUUGACUUCCCAGCCACAUACCAUGGUCAGAAGCACUUCACAGAUUAUGUGAGAAGGCGACGUUGGGUCAGGAAGGCUCAGCUUUCCACCAGUGGACCUUGGCAAGAGCUGGGGAGUACAAAACUAGUUGAUGUUUCACUUCAGAUGAGCAGCAAAGUUGAAAUAGACUCAUUGGUCGAUGUGUGGGCAGUUGCAGCCAAUGGUGAUGCACUGUACAGGAGAGGAGUCUCAGCUUUGUGUCCAGCUGGAACAUCAUGGGAACAUGUUCCAAGUGAUCAGACACUGGCCAGUAUCAGCUGUGGGCCAGACAGACAUGUGUGGGCUGUUGGCAGGAGUGGGUCUGCAUUCUGGAGAUUUGGAAUUACACCAUCAAAUCCAAUUGGUGAAGUGUGGGAGACAGUGGAACCACCUACUGGGAAAACAUUAAAGCAGAUAUCAGUUGGUUGUUUUGCUAUAUGGGGAUUGGAUUCUGCAGGUCAGCUGUGGGUACGACGGGAAGUUACACCCGUUUUUCCUGAAGGCACACAUUGGCAGGCCAUACCCACAAUUGCUAGUGACAUGGGAAACUAUGAUAAAAUUAGUAGCAGCAGCAGCAGUUCAUCCCAGAAUAACACAAUUGGAUUUCGUCAUGUGUCAGCUGGACAAGUCCAGGCUGAAAUCUGGGCUAUAACAGCAACAGGAGUUCUGUGUCGUCGUCAUGGGAUAACCCCUGAUAAUCCAGCAGGAACAGGGUGGUCACAUGGUAUUGGGCGCGAUGUCACGUGGCCAACUGAUGAAAUAGGCUUUCAGAAGCGUGACCUUUCCUCCCCUCUGGUCUUCUGUCACCAAGGCAGUUACAACAGUAACAGUCCAGGAACUUUCCGAUGCCACCUCGUAGUAUGAUAGGUAGAAACCAACAUUUUGGAAGAACCCACUGCUCCCAUCUUCAGGGUUGAAGAUGGAGACAGCAAGUCCCACUGGAAAGUUGACCCAUGUCCAACAAACUACAUGGUGUUACAUCUGAGAAGACUAAUAGGAAAUUAUAAGUGUGUAUAUGAUACAUCUCUGUAAAAAGAAUUCACAUUCCUGCCUCAAAUAAUUCAUUAUUUACCACUGUAACCUGGCAUUUUCAUUUACAGUCUUUCCCCCAGUCUCCAGAUUGUAUGAAUGUUGUGCAGACUUGGUAUUUUAUUGCAGGCUAAUUGGCAGCAUGUGAGUGCAAGAGGAUGCAACAUCAAGCCCCAGACUUGUACGUAGUGUGCGGAAUACUUCGCGUCUUCUUGAAGUAGUCUGUUACUGAGUCAUUUACAUUGUGUCACUGUAUUCUGGACGUUAUAACUAUAAAUGUAAUCCAAAUUUGAGAAGAUCUUUUGACAAAAUAUAAUUAGUAUAUACCAGGUGAUAGAUUAUCAUGACUAGUAAUUCCAUUCAUGCUUUUUAUUGUCCAUGUCACAUAGAAGCUUCAGAAAGACAUAAGCAAUCAUAAUAUUAGAGAGAGUGAGAUGAGGAAUGCGUAAAGGAUAUUGGUGGGAAGCCAGAAGGAAAGAGACCACAGGGAAGACCAAGGUGUAGUU